UCAACUAGGUGUUGUGAUUUCAAGUAAUUUCUUGGAGCUCAUUAGUUAGAAAGGAUGGCUGAAACUGUGGCUAAUGCUCUCAUAGAGGAGAUCAUAAGUAAGUUGAUCUCCAUGGUUGCUAAUGAGAUCGGUUUGGCGUGGGGUUUCAAGAGACAAUUGCGAAAGCUUCAGAACACUUUGGUGGGGAUUCAGAAUGUACUUGAGGAGGCUGAGACGCGACAGGUUAUGGAGAAGAAUGUGAAGAAGUGGUUGAUGAGCCUGAAAGAUGUCGCUUAUGAAGCUGAUGACAUAUUGGACGAAAAUACAACAGAAAUUCUGCGUCGCAAAUUUGAGCUUGGAAGCCGCAUAAAAAAGGUAUCCUGAUCUUGUUUAUACCCCUUCUUUCAUUGAUUUCCUCUCUUCCUUUUAGAAGAUAAAAAGAGUAACUAUACAAAGGCAUCUGCAGGUGGUUUUUGGUUAAUGUUUUUCAUUAAA